GAGAUUUUCCGCGCGUGACGACGGCAGUCGCGCAGAGCAAAGUAGAGGCGCAGAGCCGAGCGCCGGACCCGACUCUCCCCCCAUCCCCCCCGUCCCCCCGCAUCACACAACGUUACAUAGAUUUCCCGGCUCGACCGGAGCGUCGUCGUCUCGUUUCGGCCGGCUCGGCGGCGGACUCGAUCUCGCUCGCCGGCGCCAUACAUGGGGUGCGCGUCGUCGAGGCAGUUCGGGGCGCGCGCGGCGGGGUGCAAGGAGCUCGCCGCGCUCGCGUCCGGGACCUCAUUCACGGUGAACGAGGUGGAGGCGCUGUACGAGCUGUACAAGAAGAUGAGCUUCUCCAUCAUCAAGGACGGCCUCAUCCACAAGGAGGAGUUCCAGCUCGCCUUGUUCAGGAACAGCAAGAAGGCGAACCUCUUCGCGGACAGGGUCUUCGAUCUGUUCGAUCUCAAGCGGAAUGGGGUGAUCGAUUUCGAGGAGUUCGUGCGAUCGCUCAGCAUAUUCCACCCCAAAGCGCCUACAUCGGAGAAGACAGCGUUCGCGUUCAAGCUGUAUGAUCUAAGGGGGACAGGUUACAUCGAGAAAGAAGAGCUCAGGGAGAUGGUCUUGGCGCUUCUAGACGAGUCGGAUCUCUGUCUUUCAGAUAGCACCGUCGAGGCGAUUGUGGAUAAUACAUUCAGUCAAGGGGACUCGAAUGGAGAUGGCAAGAUAGAUCCUGAGGAAUGGGAGGAAUUUGUGAAGAAGAACCCGUCAGCAUUGAGAAGCAUGUCACUACCAUAUUUGCAGGACAUUACCAUGGCAUUUCCCAGCUUCAUAGUGCGUUCAGAAGCCAAUGACUGACGGAAAUACUCGGGUAGAGCAGAGUAUAAGCAAGCACAAUCUCAUCAGCUCCGCUAUGCCUAAGUUCAGAACGUAGCUGCAAUGGGUUGUGGCAUACACUGCAGCCUAACAAGAUGGUGACGAUGAUGAUGACGAAAAAUGCAUCUAAGUGGUAAGCUUCAGAUGAUAACCAGGCGAUGACUUUCCACGCGUGUAAAUAUCUCGGAUGAUCAACAUGCCUGUUCAGAUAAGCAGUGCCUGAGUUCGCAAGCUAGCUGCCGUGUGAAAUCUUGUGUGUGGUUAUAACUGUAAGGAAAGAAUAAUCUGUGAGAGCAGCUGGUGUUGUUCGUAGCUGCUGGAGUGUUUCCGCCUUUUUUGCUGCAUGUAGUUGUAAGCAGUAUGGCUGGUGGCGACUGACGAAAGCUAAUGUUUUCAUAUGGUUGUAGUCAUCUUUUGUUACUGUUUUUUAAGCAUCUUUUGUUACUGUUCAUACUAUCCUAAAAAUACCAAUUUUGGGGGAAA